AUGAGUACCAGAGUAGAAGAGGAAGAAUCCACCAUCUCCAGUGAUGAAACAAUCUGUGUUGAAGUUGUUUUUAUGAGGGGUUCAGAAGUGUACGAUGAUUAUUUGGAGUUUCCGUCACCAGUUACUCCUGACUUCUUUGCUACUGAACAUAUCCAAUGGCUAUUAGAAGACGUUCUUGAAGAUCUGGGUGUACCUCAAAGUUUUUUCGAUGGUCGUGAUUGCGACAUGAUUGAAAACCUUUGUAGAAUGUUACGUGAUUCAAUAUGUGGUCACACUGUCACAAAUUAUUUCUACAUGGUCAUUGAAGUAUCAAGUGGUCGAUGCAUUUACAACAUAAUGGAUCUCUCGUGCUUUUCGAAUGAUGACCAGGUUGCAUCAACUGUGUUUAUUCAAAUGCAAUCUUUACCUGCGGGAGCAACAAAACUGAGAAGAUUUAAGUUUGAAGAUGAAGAUGAAGAUGAUGAUGAUAAAGAUGAAGAGGAAGAAGAUAAUUGUUUCAUAUGUUUAGAAGAUUUUAAGUAUGGAGAUAAUGCAGCAAGAUUGCCUUGCACCCAUGUUUGUCAUUAUGAUUGUAUUUUGAAGUGGUUUGUUCAUAGUGCUACUUGUCCUUUCUGUCGAUUUUCAUGUAUUGAAACCUCUUUUAGUUACGAAGAUUAA